CGCUGACUGGUCUUCUUGUCAUGCUUCUUUGGCGGACAUCCGGACUCUCGCCGCGAGCGAGACUGCCUUGGGAGCUAUGGCGGAAAAGGGAGCUUUUCAAAAGGAUGCAGCUACCGUCUACUUCUCUUAAGGUCAUCGAAGAGUGAGUGCACAAGACUUCGACACGUUGAACGAUCUUCCCAUCGUACCAUUAUUGACAGUAUUUCCGGUAGCCACCGCCAAGUCCAGCCGUGUUUUGAUGAUUUUAAAUUCCUCAGACUGGAGGGUAUAGAUUAUUUUGCGUUUCCAACUUGGUUGGCCACUGCUCGGCUACUGAGGACGAGUGACAGUCUGACCGGAGUUUCCCUACCGCCAGUGAAUCUGAGCUGAUAUGUCGGCCGCUAUGGGCAUCGCAGAAAAAGUUGAUCGUGCAGAAAAGUCACUCACAAUUCACACAAAACCCGAGUCAAGCUGUGACUCCGAAUAUGGGACAAGGGACGAGGUUAUACAGGACGUGAAGUCUGAGCAGGAAGUGGCAGAACUUGUUCGCAUGUUUACGUCGCAGUCACAACAGCAGAAUCUCGAGUCACCCUUUACUGCCGAGCAGAACAGUCGGCUGGACCCGAAGAGCGAUCGGUUUCGAGCUCGGGAUUGGGCCAGGUCUUUCUACGACUUACGCUAUAGCAGCGAAGGCUCUAUCGCUCGUGUGGCCGGUGUUGCCUUCAGAGGCCUUAAUGUUUGGGGCAAGGGGUCUCCUACUGACUUCCAAUCGACAGUAGGCAACAAAAUCUUGAAGCUACCAUCCUUAUUUGGACGAGGAGCCCAGAAGGUUGAGAUUUUGCGAGACCUUGAGGGAUUGGUACUUCCCGGAGAACAAUUGUGUGUGCUUGGUCCUCCUGGCUCUGGCUGCUCUACGCUUUUGAAGACCAUCGCAGGCGACACCCAUGGAUUCAAAGUCAACUCAGACGCCUACCUGAACUAUCAGGGCAUUCCUGCAAAGGACAUGAAGACGUCUUUCCGAGGAGAAGCCAUAUACACAGCAGAAGUAGACGCUCAUUUUUCCCAACUGAGCGUUGGAGAUACUCUUUACUUUGCUGCGAGGGCGCGAGCACCCCGGAACAUCCCAGGAGGGGUCAGUCGGCAACUCUACGCCGAACAUCUACGCGACGUUGUGAUGGCGAUGUUUGGAAUCUCUCAUACAAUCAAUACGCAAGUCGGGAACGAUUUUGUACGAGGUGUCAGCGGUGGUGAGCGUAAGAGAGUUACCAUUGCUGAAGCUACUCUGAGCUUUGCACCUCUGCAAUGUUGGGAUAAUUCAACUCGAGGCUUGGACUCGGCGAACGCGGUGGAAUUUUGCAAGACGCUACGGACACAAUGCGAUGUCUUUGGGACAUCAACCUGCGUCGCCAUAUACCAAGCGCCACAAGCUGCUUACGAUGUCUUCGAUAAAGUGGUCGUUCUAUAUGAAGGCAGACAGAUCUACUUUGGUCCUUCCUGCGAGGCACGCGGAUACUUCGAGAGCCUGGGAUUCGAAUGCCCUGCUUCUCAGACCACCCCUGACUUUUUGACUUCGAUGACGUCGCCGUCAGAGCGUCGUAUCAGAGCUGGCCUCGAGAAUAGCACGCCCCGCACAUCAGACGACUUCGCCCGAUGCUGGAAAAAAAGCCCUGAAAGACAAAAACUGCUGAAUGCGAUUGAAGAAUACAGCCAGACUCACCCACUCAAAGGCGAAACCCACGAACAGUUCAGUCUUUCCAGGACAUUAGAGAAAUCUCGAAACCAACGCCAGAAGUCCCCAUAUACUCUAUCCUACUGGAAGCAAGUCAGUCUUUGUAUGUGGCGAGAAGUACAAAUGCUCAAGAAUGACCCAAGCGUUAUUUUUGCUAUGCUGGGGAUCAACUUUGUGGAAGCUUUAAUAAUCGCCAGUAUCUUCUACAAUUUGCCUAGUACCACGGCGUCGUUCUUUAAACGUGGAGCCAUUGUCUUCAUGAUGGUCUUGUUAAACGCCUUUGCUAGCAUCAUAGAGAUCAUGAGUCUAUACGCAAAGAGGACUAUUGUCGAGAAGCACAAUCGAUACGCGCUCUACCACCCAAGCGCUGAAGCACUAGCCUCAAUGAUAAUAGACAUACCCUAUAAAAUCGCCAACGCAAUCUUCGUCAACUCUACGCUGUAUUUCAUGGCGAAUCUACGUCGAGAAGCUGGCCCAUUUUUCUUCUUUCUGCUCGUUAGUUUCACUAUGGGGCUUUCGAUGAGCAUGCUCUUCCGGCUUUUUGCUUCUAUGACUAAGACGAUUGCUCAAGCGCUCGCCCCGAGUUCGAUCCUCCUGCUGGCACUCGUUUUGUAUUCUGGCUUUGUCAUUCCGAUAGAGUACAUGAGAGGGUAUAAUCUUUCAUUCAAGCCAAAUAACUAUGCUAACGUGCACAGAUGGGCAAGCUGGAUACGAUUUAUCAAUCCCGUUGCAUACGGCUUCUCCAAUGUCAUGGUCAAUGAAUUCAAUGGACGGACAUUUGAGUGUACAUCUUUCGUUCCUUCGGGGCCGUCAUACGAAAAUGUUUCUGCCGAGCAGCGAGCAUGCGCUGUCCAAGGCUCAGUUCCUGGUUCAAACUCCGUCAGUGGCACUACGUAUGUUGAAACUGCGUAUAAGUACCAUUACAGUUCCCGAUGGCCGAACUACGGAGUCAUCCUGGCGAUAACAGUAAUUCUCUUCAUUGCGCAUCUCGUCAUGAGCGAAAUUGUCGCAUCCGAGCGGUCAAAGGGCGAGGUGCUAGUUUUUCGCCGCUCGAAGAUGCAGAAUAGUAGCAAAGGACACAGUGCCGAUGAAGAGACCGGUAGCGAAACUGCUCAUCAAGCCGAAAAGUUUCGCGACAACAACGACUCGCAGCACGAGGUGCAAAAGCAGGUCUCAAUUUUCCACUGGGAAGCAGUCAACUAUGAGAUUCAAAUCAAAGGUGAACACCGCAAAAUUCUGGAUUCGGUGGACGGAUGGAUCAAGCCUGGAACAUUGACCGCUCUUAUGGGCGUCUCAGGUGCAGGAAAGACCACAUUGCUGGACGUUCUUGCAAGUCGGACCACCAUGGGCAUAAUCAGUGGCAACAUGCUUGUGGACGGACGUGAACGCGAUGAAUCGUUCCAGCGUAAGACAGGGUAUGUGAUGCAGCAGGACAUUCACCUGGAAACCUCAACGGUACGAGAGGCUCUGGAAUUUUCCGCCCUUUUGCGACAACCUAUGGAGUUCAAUCGUGAAGAGAGAUUAGCAUACGUGGACCACGUUAUCCGACUACUGGACAUGGAAAAGUACGCCGAUGCCGUGGUUGGGAUUCCUGGAUCAGGUCUGAACGUAGAACAACGCAAGCGCCUUACUAUUGGUGUAGAACUCGCCGCCCGCCCGAAGUUACUACUUUUCCUCGAUGAGCCCACGUCAGGCCUAGACAGCCAAACGUCCUGGUCAAUUUGCGACUUGAUGGAAAAGCUUACCCGUAACGGACAAGCGGUUCUGUGUACAGUCCAUCAACCUUCUUCGCUUCUAUUCCAGAGAUUUGAUCGCCUACUUUUGUUGGCAAAAGGCGGCAGGACAGUCUAUUUUGGUGACAUUGGCUCUGGCUCGAAGACAAUCGUGGACUAUUUCGCCCGCAAUGGCGCACCAGAGUGUCCUGCGGGUACUAAUCCUGCAGAGUAUAUGCUCGAAGCAAUCGGAGCCGCCCCAGGUCAUGAAACGGAGAUUGAUUGGCCCUCCGUCUGGAAGAACAGCAAGGAAUACUCUGACGUCCAAGCAGAGUUAGCUAAGCUAAGGGAGCUUUCUAACCAGCCAUCAGCUGUCAUGGACUCGUCCGAUGCGAGCCAUCAAGAGUUCGCAGCUCCCUUCAUGAUGCAGCUCUCCGCGGUCGCUCUACGUUGCGCGCAACAGUAUUGGCGAACACCUUCAUACAUAUACUCCAAGGCACUCCUCACUGUCGGAUCCUCGCUUGUGAUCGGCUUGUCGUUCUUGAACGGCGAGAACACCAUACAAGGCCUUCAAAAUCAGAUGUUUGGCGUUUUCAUCUUUCUAUUCGUCGUCAUACAACUCAUCUACCAGAUUCUCCCAAUGUUUAUCUCCCAGCGAACGCUGUAUGAGGCUCGAGAGCGUCAGUCGAAGACAUACGCAUGGCAAGCUUUUGUGCUCUCCAACAUUGUUAUAGAGAUGGCGUGGAACGCUCUCAUGGCCAUCUUCUGCUUCAUAUGCUGGUAUUAUCCAGCAGGGUUUUACCGCAACGCCGAAUUCACCGACUCAGUUCACAUCCGAGGGUUCCAUGCGGUACUCAUCGUAGUGGUGACUUUCCUCAUUGCCAGCUCGUUAGCACACCUUCUAAUCGCAGGCGCGCCUAGCGAAGAGAUUGCAGCAGCUUUCGCUACCUUGCUAUCCAUUAUGCUCUACGCAUUCGCGGGUAUUCUUGCAGGCCCAAAAGACCUCCCCCGCUUCUGGAUCUUCAUGUAUCGCGUCAAUCCCGUCACAUACCUAGUAUCGAGCUUUAUGUCGACGACUCUAGGCCAAGCACCAGUAUCCUGCGCACAAACAGAGUUCCAGACGUUCGCGGCGCCGGCGAACCAGACCUGCGGACAGUACAUGCGGGACUAUAUUGAAACGGCCGGUGGCUAUCUUCGCGAUGCACAGGCUUUUGGUCAAUGCCAGUACUGCCAAAUGGACAGCACCAACCAGUUCCUGCAGCGCAUCAACGCUGACUGGGACACUCGCUGGAGGGAUUUUGGCUUGCUCUGGGUAUACGUCGUCUUCAAUGCUGCGGCAGCGGUUUUCCUCUACUGGGUCUUUCGGGUUCCGAAAAGCAAGAAGAUGAAGCGUGUGUGAGUGAUUGGAUAUUUGCUGUCCCUCCUGACUACGGUGCGUUCGGAAAGUGCAGCAUUUUCGCAGCUUCGCUAUACUUAAACAACAUAGUUUUCUUUAUCUGUACUUGUGAUUUUACUAGACGUUCAUUUUGUUCUUGGCAUUUCUGGCGGCUGUAUUCUGAGUACUUUUCGCAUAAUAGGACUACAUAGACUUUGUAAUAAUAAGAGAUGGGACAACC